AUGUCCUGGCUGGCAUCAUUAGGUCUUGCCGCUUUCCAUUUUGUUUAUUGGUUGGUGACCACGAUCAGGUCACUCUGCGCCUGGCAAGACCCGCCAUGUCCCCUUACCGCCGAACGCAAACAGAAGCCUUCUCACUUGGCCUUGCUCUUUGUCCCGCCGAAGGUCCAUACUGAUCUGGAAGCGACGGAAUGUCUCUUGGCGGAAAGUGUGGAGAGGGCAGCGGCUUGGUGCAUUACUGCUGGCAUUAACCGCUUGACUGUGUACGAUGGUCAAGGAAUUCUGGCCCAGUCUUCCCUUGAUAUCAGAGCCCGCCUGUCGAAACGCUUUGACACCUCUCAAGAGGAUGAGGAGGAAUCUGACAUUGAAUACCCCCUCACACCUCCUUCCUCUGAUGACUCUGAAUCAAGGCCUAUUUCACCGUAUUCAGACGACGCCGACCACAACCUAAAGGUCAUCACGAUUCCAAUUCCGAGCAUACCAAUCAAGGUCCAAAGAAAGUUACAGAACUUGAAAGCCGGUGUGAGACAUCGCCGAACAGAACGUAAGUUAAUAUAUUCGUCUUCUUUGACCGCUCAUAGCAAACCACAAGACGCUCAGGGAGAGAAUCCAGCUCACACCUCUUGA